GACGCGCCGAAAGUGACAAGUGGCGAUGUUAAUCGGGCCAGCAGCGUAGGUCGUCGGCAAAACUUCAGCUGAUCGUGAAAUCGAUCUCGCUUUCUUCGGCGUGUCAUCGGGUCCAGAGCACAACACCCGAAGCAUGACAAUGGGAGAAGAGUCUCCUGUCUCGUCCCUCGUGCUUCCAGUGCUGAUCCGUCCUAUAUUGGACAAAUUGGAAAGAAAAGAUCUAGGGGCAGCCCAAACUUUAAAAGGAGCCGUCACCAAGGUUGAAGUGGAACAUCCUGGUUUUUUAUAUGACCUUGUGAUGGGACUGAUUAAAGAGACUGACGUUUCCGUGAAUGUUACGGAAUGCUUGCUGAAACUUCAAGGGUCGAUUCCUGACAAUGAAGACCUAAAGUGCUCUAGGACAGAGGAUGCCUUCCAAGAAUUCAACCGGCGUGCAUCAUACCUUAAGAAAGUUCUCAGUCGUAUCCCUGAUGAAAUCAAUGAUCGCAAGACAUUCUUGGACACAAUUAAGGAGAUCGCCAGUGCAAUCAAGAAAUUGUUGGAUGCUGUUAAUGAUGUUUCUACCUAUAUUCCAUCUCCAUACAGGAAGCAGGCAUUGGAACAUCGGAAACGGGAGUUUGUAAAGUACUCUAAGCGCUUCAGUAACACUCUAAAGGAAUUCUUCAAGGAGGGGCAAGUACAGGCAGUUUUCGUGAGUGCAGUGUACCUCAUCUACCAAACAAACCACAUUAUGGUCACCGUCAAGAAUGAAUGUGACUGAGGGCAAAUUUUGAGGAUUGCUUUCCGAACGCUGGUAAGACGUCAGCUACAUGGUCCACAUGGAUGUCUAGGAAGUAGUGUUGGGUGCCAGGGAUCAGUUGUGCAGUCAUGGCUGACGGUGACAGUGCCUACAUCCCAUCAGUACUGUGGCUGAAACCCGAUUGUGGUGUUGCAUUCGCAUUUGCACUGGAUAGUGGAGCUACAGGGAGGGACACUAACAAGAGCUUUUCCAUAAGCAUGAAUGUGUGAUAUAACACCGACAUUGUGGCAGUGGGUCUUGUCUCGCUCGCCUACCUUUCUUUGGUUGUGAACGCAUGCAUUUUCAUUUAAUUUGUGCAUUAGCAAACCUAAUCAGAUGGAACUGGCAUUACCUGCUCACUCGGUACCUCCUUUAUUAAAUAAAGUUUUCUAGAAGUUGUGUAUCUAGAGCAAGCAAUUGUAAACAAGAAUUGUUUUAAGGAGUUACAUUUAGCAUUGAGUGAACAUAUAUAUUUUGUUGACAGUUACAGUUGUAUGAACUGAUUUUCACAAGGAACUAACCAUUUGCUCUUUUGGAACGUUAGUUUUGCUAGGACAGAAAUUCGUAAAUGUUGAAAAGGGUUUAGAGCAAGUGGAAUGAAAAAAAGAAAACAGAGCAACAUGACAGAUGUCAUGGGUGCCUGUUCCUUAAGCAUAUCCGACAGGCUCCACCUGCCAACUAGCUGUUUCUGUGCAGUUAACUGCAGAGCAUGUUGCUUGUAGUAGCUUAAGUAUACCGACACUUCUUUAAUUAGUGAAAGUUCCCUUUCAUUGAAACCUGUGAAUGCAUGGAGUUACCCUGGUCAGCAAUUUCACUAAAGGAAUAUGUUGGUGCAAGUCUUCUAAAUGCGACAGUUGUAAUAUGUUCUCACUAUUCAAAUGCACAUGAUCAACUUUUGAGUGUUCUUCCUGGAAAUUUGCUUGCAUGUGUAAUUGAUUCUUGAAUAAUACACUUUCCAGUGUGGCCAAUGUAAUUUUUUUAUCUUACAAGGGCAAAAACAAAGCAUCUCCUGUGAAAGGGAGAAACAGGUCAUCAUUGCACACAACAGAGCAAUAGCUUGCAGACAGAGUUGUGGAAACUCAAGUUAAUUUCUUGUUUGCCAAAAUUGCUUUUAUGAUUCCCUGUGGUCUCGUAGAACAGGUAAAGAGUAACAAUAAACAAACUCAUAUGUGCUGAAUAUAGGGGCAGUUUAUUUUCUUUUUUUAAAACUCAGCUACGCAAGCUUUAAAGCGCAGCUCUAAUGCAGUGAGGCAUUUUGUACUGUGACAGUGCAAGUGCAACUAUGCAACACAUAUUGACUGUACUAGCAUUAUUUUUUAUCACCAGUGUGUUCACAUGAGAUGUGGCAUGCAUUGUUUAUCUUUCCUCCCGGUUGUCUGUUGACUGCAUGGUCCAUGCAGAUGUUGCAUGUUGUCGUCUCUUCAGAUGGAUGUGACAUUAUUAAAGAAAAUACUUUUACCUAUGUA